CCUACAUGGAAAUCCACCGCCGGGUUUGGCAUGGCAUUACAUGGGCCGUGCUGCCUCGACCACGAAAUUCCCCUCCGCUCGCACUGUCGCACGAUCGCUCUCCCCGCCGCCGGUCGCCGAAUCGCCGGUGCGGCGGCGCCUAUGGAGGCCAACCCCAGCCAGAAGACCGUGGUGCUGCACGCCUGCCUCGGCGUGGGCCACCUCACCCCCAUGGUUGAACUCGCAAAGCUCUUGAUCCGCCGCGGCCUCGCCGUCGUCAUCGCCGUCCCGACCCCGCCGACCUCCACCACCGACUUCUUCUCCUCGUCCGCCUCAGCGGUCGACCGCAUGGCGGCCGCAAACCCUUCCAUCUCGUUCCACCGCCUCCCGCCGCCUGAGUACCCCGAGCCGGAUCCUGACGCCUUCGUGCAGAUGCUCGACACGAUGCGCCUCUCCGUGCCGCCCCUCCUUGCCUUCCUCCGCUCCCUCCCCUCGGUCGCGGCUCUCGUGCUGGACCUGUUCUGCGUCGACGCCCUCGACGCCGCCGCCGCGACCGGCAUCCCGGCGUACUUCUACUACACCUCCGCCGCAGGCGACCUCGCCGCGUUCCUCCACCUCCCCCACUACUUCGCCACCACGCAGGGCAGCUUCAAGGACAUGGGGAAGGCGCCCCUCCGCUUUCCUGGCGUACCUCCGAUCCCGGCCUCCGACAUGCCGCACACCGUGCAAGACCGCGAGGACCGGACCUGCACCACGCGAAUUGGACACUACGCGCGCAUGCCGGAGGCGCGGGGUUUUCUCUUCAAUACCUAUGAAUGGCUGGAGGCGAGGACCGUGGCGGCGCUCAGGGAGGGCGCGUGCGUGCCCGAUCGCCCCACGCCGCCGGUGUACUGCAUCGGGCCGUUGAUAGUGAAAGGGGAUGCGGCGAGGGGAGAACGCCAUGCAUGCCUCUCGUGGCUGGACGCACAGCCGGAGAGAAGCGUCGUGGUCCUCUGCUUUGGCAGCUUGGGCGCCGUCUCGGGGGAGCAGUUGAAGGAGAUAGCUCGGGGUCUAGAGAACUCCGGCCACCGGUUCCUCUGGGUCGUACGGAGCCCACCGCAGGAUCCGGCCAAGUUCUUCCUGCCGCGUCCGGAGGCUGACCUGGGCGUGCUGCUCCCGGAGGGGUUCAUGGAGAGAACGCGGGACAGGGGAAUGGUGGUGACGUCGUGGGCGCCGCAGGUGGAGGUGCUGCGGCACGCCGCGACCGGCGCGUUCGUGACGCACUGCGGGUGGAACUCCGUCCUGGAGGCGGCGUCGGCCGGAGUGCCGAUGCUGUGCUGGCCGCAGUACGCCGAGCAGAGGCUGAACAAGGUGUUCGUGGUGGAGGAAACGCGGCUCGGCGUGGUGAUGGACGGCUACGACGAGAAGCUGGUCAAGGCAGAGGAAGUGGAGAAGAAGGUGAGGCUAGUGAUGGAUUCCGAGGAAGGGAGGAAGCUCAGGGAGAGGCUGGCAAUGGCGAAGGAGAUGGCCGCGGAGGCGCUGUCCGACAGCGGGUCGUCAUCGUUGGCGUUCACUGAAUUUCUUAAGGAUUUGAACUAUGGGAAAACUCCAAACGAUCAAGCGUAGAAGAUGGAUGGGCCGGCAGUCCAAACGAUCAUUCCAUAGAAGAUGAACAGUGAACUGGGAUUAAUUUUGCUCCUGGAAGGUGGCAUAUCACAUAUCUACAUUAUUUUUUUUGCCGAGCUAUAUCUGCAUUAUUUACUGCUGUGAACUAUGCUUUCGUCCUUUUUUUAAGAGUAAAGUUCAUUAUCGGUUCUUAAAUUUGUGACGCGGUACCAUUUAGGUCCAUAAACUUAGAAAAUGCACAUUUAGAUCUAUGAACUCGUUUUAACGUUUAAAAUCAUGGAUCUGGAUGGUACAUUAAAACGAGUUUAUGGACUUACUGGUACAUUAAAAUGAGUUAAUAGACCUGGAUGGUACAUUAAAAUAAGUUUAUGGAUUUAAACACGUAUUUUCUAA